CCGGCGCGGAGCCGGUGGGUGCCCAGCCCGGCGGCGCUCGGAGCCAGCCCGGCGGCGCGGGCACCCGCCGGCAGCGAUGCCGCUCGCCCAGCUCGCCGAGCCCUGGCCCGACAUGGAGCUGGUCCAUCUGGACCCGGAGAACGGGCAGGCAGCUCCAGAAGAAGGUGGAAACCCUCCAGCCAAGGUGAAAUCCGACAUCACCUGGAUAGAGAAAGACCUCGUGGACUCAGCAGACAAGGGAGAAGGUGUUGUGCAGGAAAUCAACAUCACACACCAUGUGAAGGAAGGCUCUGAGAAGGCAGAUCCCUCGCAGUUCGAGCUCCUGAAGGUGCUGGGACAGGGCUCUUUUGGCAAGGUUUUCUUGGUGAGAAAAAUAACACCGCCAGACAGCAACCACCUCUAUGCCAUGAAAGUGCUCAAGAAGGCGACUCUGAAAGUGCGUGAUCGACUAAGGACAAAGAUAGAAAGGGACAUCCUGGCUGAUGUGAACCAUCCCUUUGUGGUGAAACUGCACUAUGCAUUCCAGACAGAGGGGAAGCUGUACCUCAUCUUGGAUUUCCUCAGAGGAGGUGACCUUUUCACUCGGCUUUCCAAAGAGGUCAUGUUCACCGAGGAGGACGUGAAGUUCUACCUCGCGGAGCUGGCGCUGGGCCUGGACCAUUUGCACAGCCUGGGGAUCAUCUACAGGGAUCUCAAACCAGAGAACAUCCUCUUGGAUGAAGAAGGGCACAUCAAACUCACAGAUUUUGGCUUGAGUAAGGAGGCCAUAGACCACGAGAAGAAGGCCUAUUCCUUCUGUGGGACGGUGGAGUACAUGGCCCCAGAGGUGGUGAAUCGCCAGGGCCACUCGCACAGCGCUGACUGGUGGUCCUACGGGGUCUUAAUGUUUGAAAUGCUCACCGGUGCGCUGCCCUUCCAGGGGAAGGACCGUAAGGAGACCAUGACCCUCAUCCUCAAAGCGAAGCUGGGCAUGCCGCAGUUCCUGAGCGCUGAGGCGCAGAGCCUGCUGAGAGCCCUGUUCAAGAGGAAUCCAGCCAACAGGUUAGGUUCUGGACCUGAUGGGGCGGAGGAGAUCAAACGCCAUCCCUUCUACUCCACCAUCGACUGGAACAAGCUGUACCGCAGGGAGAUCAAGCCCCCCUUCAAGCCUGCAGUGGGCCAGCCUGAUGACACCUUCUAUUUCGACACGGAAUUUACGUCGCGCACACCGAAAGAUUCCCCAGGUGUCCCCCCCAGUGCAGGGGCCCACCAGCUCUUCCGAGGCUUCAGUUUCGUGGCGACCGGACUGAUGGAGGAUGGCAAGGUGAAACCUGCCCAGCCACCCCUGCAUUCGGUUGUGCAGCAGCUGCACGGCAAGAACGUCCAGUUCAGCGACGGGUACGUGGUGAAGGAGGCGAUCGGCGUCGGCUCCUACUCCGUGUGCAAGCGCUGCAUCCACAAAGCAACCAACAUGGAGUACGCAGUCAAGGUGAUUGACAAGAGCAAGCGAGACCCUUCUGAGGAAAUAGAAAUCCUGCUGCGGUACGGGCAGCAUCCAAACAUCAUCACCUUGAAAGAUGUGUACGACGACGGGAAGUUCGUGUACCUGGUGACUGAGCUGAUGAGGGGAGGGGAGCUGCUGGAUAAAAUCCUCAGACAGAAGUUUUUCUCUGAGAGGGAAGCCAGUUCAGUCCUGCACAUGAUCUGUAAAACAGUGGAGUACCUGCAUUCCCAAGGGGUGGUUCACAGGGACCUGAAACCCAGCAACAUUCUCUAUGUGGACAAGUCGGGAAACCCCGAGAGCAUUCGCAUCUGUGACUUCGGCUUUGCCAAGCAGCUGAGGGCCGAGAAUGGGCUCCUCAUGACUCCCUGCUACACAGCCAACUUUGUGGCACCUGAGGUACUGAAGCGCCAAGGCUACGACGAGGGCUGUGACAUCUGGAGCCUGGGGGUUCUGCUGUACACGAUGCUCGCUGGCUGCACUCCCUUUGCCAACGGUCCCAGUGACACUCCAGAAGAGAUCCUGACCCGGAUAGGUGGGGGGAAGUUCUCCAUCAGUGGAGGCAACUGGGACACCAUUUCUGACAUGGCCAAGGAUUUGGUAUCAAAGAUGCUCCACGUUGAUCCUCACCAGCGUCUCACAGCCAAGCAGGUCCUGCAGCAUCCGUGGAUAACCCAGAAGGACAGCUUACCCCAGAGCCAGCUCAAUCACCAGGACAUUCAGCUUGUGAAGGGUGCAAUGGCUGCCACGUACUCUGCACUGAACAGCUCCAAGCCAAGCCCUCAGCUGAAGCCCAUCGAAUCCUCCAUCCUGGCACAGAGAAGGGUGAAGAAACUUCCCUCCACCACCCUGUGAAGCCGGGCUGGGCUGGGCUGCAGCCACACGGUGCAGGCACACACUGGAUUUUGCACACCUGUGGAAGAUGGGGACAGGGGACUGUCAGUGUCUGCACUGGAGCUCCCUUGGGGACCUGCUCUCAAAAGGCCAAGUGCCUUCCUGCUCCUGAAAGACUGGCUCCUCCUCGUGUGGACUGAUCUUUGCCGAGAGAACUUCACUGUAAAACUUUUUUUUGAAGUGUAAAUUGUCAAUUUUUAAAGACAUCCAUCUGUGUAUAUGAGAACUAGAAUGUAUAACCGAUGUCAAGUGGCACUAAAAAGCAGCUCUGAUUUCACCCUUCCCUGCGUAGGGCCAGGUAUUUGUUGUCGCUACGGCGUUUCUUGGAAUUGUUCCUCUCCAACUCCACUGCAGCUGGAAGACUGCAUCACAUUUGGGGUUUGGGCUCUGGGGUUUUUCCCUCCUCAGACCUUUGGAUGCCCUUCCCAAAGCUGACCCUGCAGCCUCCCAGCCAGCAGUGCUCGUGUCCUUAAAGGACUUCCCUCCCCUUCACUUUCUGUGCGCGUGUUCCACGUAGGGUCGAUUUUCCAGCCUCCGUCUCUCCCUCCCUCCCGCUCUCCCCCAGCCCAGCCAGCAGUUCAGUUCUCUGAACAAAAGGGUUUUCCAAACCUUCCCUCAGAUGCUCAGCUGUCCAGAACACCCCCCUAGGUUUGUCUCCUUCCUUCCCUCUGCCCCGCACAUCUCUGUGUUCUCCCAUCACCAGAUGGGAGUUUGUCACCUGGGCAGGUGGGGACGACAAGGGAACCCUCUCCUUGGCAAAGCUGAGGCUUUGGGCUGGCUCUGGCUGCUGCUUUUACCAUUUUGGGGUUUCCCUUUCCCUUCAAGCAGGAACCUUCUGAACCAAACCAUCCUUGAUUUUUUUUUUUUUUUUUUUUUAAUUUAACUUUGUUCUCCAGCUUGGUAACUCAGGGUUUCUUUCCGACUCGUACAAUAAACGUGUCAUUCAGGUGA